CGUGUCAACUCACACUGUGAUGGAGGGAAGGGUCUGGCUCUGAGCCUCUGGAUGCUGCCUCACAUUUGAAACCCCAAUCUAUUUAUAUCCUGGAUGAGCUCCUUUUUGACUUUCUCCCCCUAUGACCAGAAACAUGCCACCCAACGCUUGGUGUGACUUGGUGUGUGUAGACUGUUCAGUGCUGUGCCACUCUGCUGUGCUCAGCAGCAGUAGUACUAGUAGUAGCAGAGUGCUGGCUGACCCAGUAACGUCUCCUACAGAGCCAGAUAACAUGUGCCCGAGACGGAGUUAGCUGCUGUCAGGGGAAUUUCCUGCCUGCGCGUCUGCCUGCCCAAGAUAGACUCAAUUUCCCAUCAUGCUCCGGUGCCCAUGCAGGGCGGGUGGCCCCGAAUCGAAGGCUCAGCUCCCCGCAUUUGGCCAGCUCUGGGUGAUUUAAACAGCUGUUCUCGCAGGAGGAUUGUGGACUGGACAGAACCAGGCUGCAGAACUACACCAAAGAUGGAUCAGCUUUCAGAUGAGGAACUGGACCAUGCUGCAGAAGAGGACAGUGAUAAGGAGGACCAGGACCUGGACCAGAUGUUUGGAGCCUGGCUGGGAGAGCUAGACAAACUUACACAGAGUCUGGACGAUGGGAAGCCCGAGCCUCCAAAGAGCCAGAAGGCUCCUCUGAGGCAGGAGACCAACAUGGCCAACUUCUCCUACCGCUUCUCCAUCUACAACAUUAACGAGGCUCUAAACCAGGGUGGUGACUCAGUGGACCUGGAUGCCCUGAUGGCAGACCUGUGCUCCAUAGAGCAGGAGCUCAGCACCAUCGGCAAGCCCAACAACACUGGCAUGACCAGGCUGGGCGUGCCCGGGGAGCCCAAGGUGCGUCAGAAGCCACCGGCAGGGCGCAGUAGCAGUGCCAAGCAUGCAGGGGGCAGCGGGGGCAGCAGCGGGGGCAGCACAAGCAGCAGCACCCGGGCCUCACCGGCCUCCACUGUCAGGGGGGGCAGCGUCCACAGCCGAACCCCUCUGGCCUCCAACUUCUCCCUGGAUGACAUCACAGCUCAGCUGGAGCAGGCGUCCCUCAGCAUGGACGAGGCGGCGCGCCAGAGCUCCUCCCACUCCCUGGGCUCCGCCUCCUCGUCCUCCUCGUCCUACUCGUCCACCAUGCGCCGGCCCGCCUCCUCGCACCGGCACCACCGGCGGACGGGCUCGGUGGGCACGGUGAGCGAGCACGAGGCGCGCUCCAUCGUCCACUCCUCGCGCUCCUCCAUCAACUCCGCCUCCGCCUCCAGCAUGGACUCCCUGGACAGCGUGCUGCGGCCGGAGGACCAGGACGAGCCGCGACAGACCUCCGCCACACCCCCGCCGCCGCAGGGGACCAAUCAGGGCCAGGCCAGCUCCGAGCACUCCUAUCUGGACAGGGAAACCUCCCUGAUUCUGAAAAACAUAGCAGGAAAGCCUUCUCACCUGCUGACCAAGGAGGAGCAAGCUGCCAAAACAAAGGCAGAGAAGAUUCGGGUUGCUCUGGAGAAGAUCAAGGAGGCCCAGGUUAAAAAGCUGGUGAUCCGGGUCCACCUGUCAGACGAGAGUUCCAAGACCAUGAUGGUGGACGAGAGGCAGACGGUCAGGCAGGUGCUGGACAGCCUGCUGGACAAGUCUCACUGUGGCUACAGCCCCGACUGGUCCCUGGUGGAGACCAUCAAUGAGCUGCAGAUGGAGCGAAUCUUUGAGGACCAUGAGAACCUGGUGGAGAACCUUCUUAACUGGACCAGAGACAGCCAGAACCGCCUCAUGUUCAUAGAGCGGAUUGAAAAAUACGCCCUCUUCAAGAACCCCCAGAACUAUCUGCUGGGGCGGAAGGAGACGUGUGAGAUGGCCGACAGGAACAAGGAAGCCCUCUUGGAGGAGUGUUUCUGUGGCAGCUCGGUCUCCGUGCCAGAGAUGGAGGGCGUAUUGUGGCUGAAGGAGGACGGGAAGAAGUCGUGGAAGAAGCGUUACUUCCUGCUGCGGGCCUCAGGAAUCUACUACGUACCUAAAGGCAAAGCCAAGGCUUCCAGAGACCUGGUGUGCUUCCUGCAGCUGGACCACGUGAACGUGUACUACGGCCAGGACUACCGCAGCAAGUACAAGGCUCCCACCGACUACUGCAUGGUGCUCAAGCACCCCCAGAUCCAGAAGAAGUCCCAGUACAUCAAAUACCUGUGCUGUGAUGAUGUCAGAAGCCUACACCAAUGGAUCAACAGUAUACGCAUUGCCAAGUAUGGGAAGCAGCUUUACGUGAACUACCAAGAGGCCAUGAAGCGGACUGAGGCUGCUUACGAUUGGUCCUCCCUGUCCUCCUCCAGCAUGAAAUCCGGAUCCAGCUCUUCCAGCCUACCAGAGUCCCAGUCCAACCACUCCAGCCAAUCAGACAGUGGCGUGUCAGAGACCACCUCGUCAGGCCACACCCGCUCCCAGAGUGUGGUCAGUUCUAUCUUCUCUGAGGCCUGGAAGAGGGGAACGCAGGAAGACACCACCAAGAUGAGGGUGGACCCUAUAAGCAGACCCUACCCCCUCCAGUUGCCCACAAUGUCCCAGUCCUCCCCCCCGUCCCGCACCAGCUACACCAGCGUCUCCCCCGAGUCGUCCCCCUCACCCCCCGAGCCCCCUCCUCCCCCUCCCCCUCCUCCCCCGCUUCCCAAUCCCACUCACCAGCCGGCUCCUCCCACCAUGUACGUCAAGUACAGCACCCUGGCCAGGCUCCAGAAUGCCUCCCAGUCUGCCAACCAUUACAAACCCCCUUCUGGCCCCGGGGGGCCCCAGCCUGCCCCCCCUGGACCCCCGGCGCCUCCUUUACAGUCUGUCAAACCUCAGUAUAACACCCUGCCCGCAACCUAUGCCCCAGGGCCCCCCGCCCCACCUCCCCCGCCCCCGCUCACCAUGCCCACCCCUGGCUCGGCCAUGGCAGUGUUGAAGAUUGGCCCCCCCAGCCCCAAUCCCACCUACCUCCCACCUCCUCCCCCAGAGGAGCAAGACCCGCCUCCCCCCCUCCACCUGCACACCAACGGCAUGCCCCCUCCCCCCCCCCUGGACCAGGAGCCCUCCUACCCGCCCCUCAGCAACACGGGCCUGCAACAGUUCCUGGCCCAGAAGUUCCCCAACAUGGCCUACGAAUUCACCCCGGAGGACCUGCAGGAUGACUGUUCUCCACCCCCACCCCCUCCUGCCCUGUCUCCUCCCCCACAACUGCACCAGUCCUCCCUGUCCCCUACGCUGCCCCCUCCUGCCCCACCUAAAACCUUCACCGGCGGCUUCCCUCCCCAGACGGCCCGCAAACCCUCUGGCCCGGGCCUGACCAUCUCUCCUGUCUCCCCCUCCCCACCUCAUCACGGCUCCUUUAAAAAGCAGCAGAGCUUGUCAACAGGCCAUUCCCCCAAUCAGCCGCCGCAGACGAUGCCCAAGCAGCACAGCUUCUCCUCCAAGACCCUCCCCCUCUCCGCCCCCAUCUCCCCCACCCCCACCUCCUCCUUGGUCAAGCAAAUCGUCAACCAGUUCCCAGGGGCCUCCAUCACCCCCUCCAACUCUAUGGAUGGCUCCAAAUUCCCUCCCCCUCAGUCUCCCCCAGCCGUCAAAGCUAAGCCAAAGUGGCAGCCCGGGGGGCAAGUUGCCCUCCAGUCCCCAGAGUUCCCUCCUCCCCCACCAGAGAGCACCCUGGACUUUCCACCUCCGCCCCAGUCCUCCUCUCCUCCUUCUCACCAUUCUACCAAGAUGGGGUCCCCCAUCAAGAAGUCCCCUUCCUCCUCCUCCACGGGCUCCGCAGGGAAGAGGGGUCCCCCAACCGCCCCCCAGCGCAACUCCAGCAUCAAGGCAGGCGAGUUCCAGGAUGAGAGGCCUAAGAAGGUGGAGAGCCUAGUCAGUAAAUUUGGUCAGCCAGGCCUGUCUUCCUGCGGCUCCUCCCCUGCCUCCUCCUCGGGCUCUCCCUCCAAGGAUGCCUCCAUGGGCCCCCCAGCGCCCCCCAAACCGGGCAAGCUGAACCUGGCCAACCUGCCCCUGGCCCUGCAGGGGCUCCAGACGGGACAGCACCGCCAGCCCAGCAUAGACUUCCCCUCCCCCCCACCGACCGAUGCCGACUACUUCCCCCCUCCUCCUCCCGACUAUGAGCUCUUCCCCCCGCCUCCCUUGCCGGCGGACCUGCACCCGGGGGCGCCCAAGGUAGCCGUGGUCAACCCCCAGCCCCAGACCCCCCCUGUGGUCUCCUCGUCAUGGAAAACGAGCUCCCUGAAGAAGACCCCCCCCGCGGCCGUGUACAGGCGGAGCAACACAGUGCAGGAGACCCUCCCCUUGUCUCCCCCACCCCAGCAGACCACCCCUCACAGCUCCUUCAGCUCCCAGAUACCCCCCACGUCCCCCAAGGGCACCAACCUGGCCCUGCAGCCCAACUUCCUGGAGGACCUCAACCGGACGCUGAAGAGGAAGUCGGUCUCGCGCCACGGCUCGCUCCCUUCCUCCCGCCUCUCCUCCAAGAUGGAGCCGGUAGCGACCAUGGACGAUAUGGCGCUGCCUCCCCCGCCCCCAGAGCUGCUGCAGGACCCCCACAGGCCAGCCAGCGGAGGAGGCUACGCCCAUGCCAACAUCUCAGGCUAUGCAACGCUACGGCGCGGUCCGCCCCCCGCCCCACCCAAACGGGACCAAAGCACCAAACUAACCGGGGAGUGGUAGUGGACCAGGACAAGGGGGGGGGGGGCGGGAUCUAAAGACUAUUAGGUCAGCUCCUCCAGAACUCUUUCUGUCUCUCCGUCUGUUUCCCCUCAUAGCAACCACCCUGGACUGACUGAGCUAGGAUCCUCUUCCUUGUAAUCCCAGAUUUUCAUUAUUAUUGUUAUUAUUAUUAUUACAUGAUUACUCCAAUGAAAAGAAGCAAGCCUGACCACCUAUCAGCUUUCCCACAUGUUUGUGCCGCUUUGCAUUGAAUAUAAACAGAAACAAAAACAUAAAGGACAAGAAACUUGCUGCAAUAUAACUGGUACUGCAUGGAGCCCUGUAGAGGACAUGGUGUUACCUUAGCAACGGUUUGGGGGGUGUGGGAGGGGAGGGAGGGGGAGAGGGGGAUUGUGCGUGUACAGAAAAAUGUAUGUGGAUGUUAGGGUAAUGAAGGGGAGGGAGGGAAUGGGGGUGUUGUUAUUACGUUUGUGUUUUUAUAUAAGAUUAUUUAAUACCUGAAAGAUAUUAUUAUUUGAAAGUUUUGUUUUUCAAACCUUGUGAGUGAACUGGGGGGGGGGGGGGG